AUGUAUCUCAAAUCUAUAGCACAACCGCAGCACCUCGGGUAUACAGUUUCUGCCAUUCUCGUUCUAUCUGUCGUCGCAUAUGUCGUCUACCAACGGUUUAUACACCCUCUGGCUCGAUAUCCAGGACCAUUCUGGGCUUCUCUCACGGACAUUUGGCAAGUGCUUGAAUUCUUGUCGCUGAAGCAGCCAUAUCGCCUUACGGAGCUUCACGAGAAAUAUGGCCCAGUGGUGCGUUAUGGACCCGACAAGAUCAGCAUCACACACGAAAGUUCCGUACAAGUCAUCUAUCAGAAAUCAUCGAGAGCAUUGCCAAAGACUGAGUACUAUGAUGCUUUUGGCGGAGCGCAUCCUAAUGUUUUCGGAACAAGAGAUGAAGCCCACCACUCGGUUCGACGACGACAUAUGUCGCACGCCUUUUCAAUGACAAAUAUCAAGAGUAUGGAACAAUACAUUGAUGCCAAUUUGUCUAUCCUGAAAGGGAAGAUAUACAACGAGGCCGUCGCUGAACGAGCAUUUGAUUUGAAAAAGUUUCUUCACUACUAUGUCGUCGAUGUGCUUGGAGACUUGGCCUUUAGUAAAUCAUUUGAUCUUCAAGUCACGGAAGAUGAGUCUCGCGUACCACCGGUCAAAGAACACAGCCUGCUCGCAGCAGCUACGGGAGCGUGGCCAGCAAUGCUGCAUUGGCUGAAGUGGGCCCUUCCUUAUCUUCCAGUUGCGGCAGUACAAAACCUGUUGAGUGGACGUAGAGCAUGUGCCGAACUUGCGUCAAAGAGUGUCCAACGCAGACUGGAAGAGGUGAAAGGGCGCCAUCAUGAGAAGAACAUCUGCAUACCUGAACGGAAAGACCUCCUUACCAGCCUAAUACUUGCAAAGCACCCUGACACCGGCGAACACCUUACACAGACAGAUCUAGAAACAGAGGCUUUUGGAUUCAUCAUCGCUGGCACACACACGACAAGUGCAUCGACAACACUACUGUUUUACAACCUACUUCACAACCCAGAAUGUAUGGAGCAGUGCAUAUCAGAGGUGGACGCAAAUCUCCCCGCUUUGGAUCCCGACCAGGCAGCAUAUCCUAUCACAGAUGUUGAAUCAGCAUUGCCGUACCUACGAAAUUGUAUCAAGGAGAACUUCCGCCUCACCCCCGUCUUCACCAUGCCACUUGCUCGUCGAGUAACGGCCCCGGAAGGGCUGAUAAUUGAAGGCAAUCAUUUCGGAAAGGGUCCUCAAGCCUCACAAGGUGCGAUAUCAUUGGCUGGAAGACAACUAGCUAACACCCCAGACCAGACAUCGAUAGCCGUUUGCAACCACGCAUUCCACCACAACCCAGCUGUAUGGGGCCCAGACCACAACACCUUUGACCCAACACGAUGGGAGCGGCCAGAGACUGCAGAAAGAUCAAGGCAACUGAUGCACUUUGGCCUCGGUGGACGCCAGUGCAUCGGGAAAACCAUGGCCACGACCAAUAUCUACAAGGCUAUGAGCACCUUGCUCCGCGAAUUCGAUUUCCAGCUCGCUGACAAGGCGGAAGCCUUGCGUGCUCAACAGGGCGGCUUUAAAGACCGGCUGCCGGCUCUUAUCAGCGUAGGUGUGAGCGAUUUAGAGGCGCCGCUGAUGGUUACUGCCAAAGUGAGAUAA